CAGGACCUGGACUGGGAGGACUGACGCCUCUGGGUGUCCUCUUCAGUGAGCCAUGGCGACCCCCGACGUGAGUGUGCACAUGGAGGAGGUGGUGGUUGUGACGACUCCGGACACCGCAGUCGAUGGCAGUGGUGUGGAGGGAGUGAAGACCGUGUUGGUGACGACCAAUUUGGCCUCUCAUGGGGGCGACCUGACAGAAGACAGCAUGGAGACAGAAAAUGCAGCAGCCGCGGCUGCUGCUGCCUUCACAGCCUCCUCCCAGCUCAAGGAAGCUGUGUUAGUGAAGAUGGCUGAAGAGGGGGAGAGCCUGGAGGCUGAGGUUGUAUACCCCAUCACCUGCGGGGACAGCAGGGCCAACCUGAUCUGGAGGAAGUUUGUGUGUCCUGGCAUCAAUGUGAAAUGUGUCCAGUAUGAUGAGCACGUGAUCAGCCCGAAGGAGUUCGUGCACCUGGCGGGGAAGUCCACCCUGAAGGACUGGAAGCGAGCCAUCCGCAUGAACGGCAUCAUGCUCAGGAAGAUCAUGGACUCUGGGGAGCUAGACUUCUACCAGCAUGACAAGGUCUGCUCCAAUACCUGCCGCAGCACCAAGAUUGACCUCUCGGGAGCCCGCGUGUCCCUGAGCAGCCCGACGUCUGCUGAGUACAUCCCGCUCACACCUGCCACUGCUGAUGUGAAUGGGUCCCCCGCGACCAUCACCAUAGAGACCUGCGAGGACCCUGGCGACUGGACUGCAGCCAUUGGAGAUGACACGUUUGCCUUCUGGCGGGGGCUGAAGGAUGCUGGCCUGCUGGAUGAGGUCAUACAGGAGUUCCACCUGGAGCUGGUGCAGACCAUGAAGGGCCUACAGCAGCGGGUUCAGGACCCUCCCCUGCAGCUCCGAGAUGCCAUCCUCCUCAACAACAUCGUGCAGAACUUUGGCAUGCUGGACCUGGUGAAGAAGGUGCUGGCCAGCCACAAGUGCCAGAUGGACCGCUCGCGGGAGCAGUAUGCACGGGACCUGGCAGCCCUGGAGCAGCAGUGUGAUGAGCAUCGCCGCCGGGCCAAGGAGCUAAAGCACAAGUCCCAGCACCUCAGCAAUGUGCUCAUGACGCUGACGCCUGUCUCCCUGCCUCCUCCCGUGAAGCGGCCCCGGCUUGCGCGGGCCACGUCUGGACCAGCUGCCGUGGCCUCACAGGUGCUCACCCAGUCUGCCCAGCUUGCACUCAGCCCGGGCGUGCCCGUCCCCCAGCUGACCAGCGUGCCACUCGGGAAAGUGGUGUCCACCCUGCCCUCCACCGUCCUGGGCAAGGGCUCCCCCCAGGGGGCCCCUGCCAGCUCACCAGCCUCCCCACUGCUCGGGGGCUACACGGUCCUGGCAUCCUCAGGCUCCACCUUCCCCAGUACGGUAGAGAUUCACCCCGAUGCAUCCAGCCUCACGGUGCUGAGCACGGCUGCCGUGCAGGAUGGCAGCACAGUGUUCAAGGUGGUCAGCCCGCUGCAGCUGCUCACGCUGCCUGGCUUGGGCCCCGCCCUGCAGAACGUGGCACAGACAUCGCCUGGGGGCAGCACCAUUGUGACAGUGCCUACGGGGACUGCCCCGGGGCCCGAGGAACACACGGCUACUAUUGAGGUCGCUGCUGUGGCAGAGGACCAUGAGCAGAAGUAGCCGGUGGCAGGCGAGGCCCCCGGGAAAGACAGGGCUGGCCACCGCUCCUCAGCUGCAGCCACAAGGGAGUGCGGAGGCCACGGGACUGGCGUGGGCAGGUGGGCAUGUGGGCUGUGAACCAAAGAGAGGAAUCGCCAAAACAAAUCAGGAGCCGAGAGAAGGGGACAGAGCCAUGACGGCCACCCAGACGGCGGUCUUCGAGUCCCAGACUUCCUCCCCUUUUUUCUUGGGAAGUAUAUUUUUCCAUCUGUUGCUU